AUGACUAACCCCGACGCCGUCAGAGACAAAUUCUACCGUGACCUGCACGCCCUCUUGGCGACUGUGUCGAAGGCGAACAAGUUGAUUGUCCUUGGUGACUUUAACGCCCGCGUCGGCACAGACCAUACUGCCUGGAGAGGAGUGCUGGGUCCUCACGGUCUCCGCGGCUCAAUCCUGUCGAACACGUUCCUCUGUCUGCCGGAGCGAGAGAAGGCCACCUGGAGGCAUCCUCGGUCGCGUCAGUGGCACCUGCUGGACUAUGUCCUCGUCCGGAGGCGAGACCAGCGGAACGUGCUGGUGACAAGGGCGAUUGCGGGCGCUGACGGGUGGACCGACCAUCGCCUCGUCAUCUCGAAGAUGCGUAUUCACCUACAGCCUCGCAGGAGGCCACAAGGUAAGCGACCCCCAGGCAAGCUGGAUGUUGCCUUGUUGUCUUUGCCCGCUCACCAUUUUCAUUUCAGCAAUGAGCUAGCUCUACAGCUAGACAACCUUCCAAUCGCUGCCGCCGACGACGCUGCCGCUGCCGAGAACGCCUCCGUGGAGAACCGCUGGUGUUAACUGCGAGACACGGUCCAGUCGCCGGGGCUCGCCGUCCUCGGUCGCGCUCCCCGCCAACAUCAGGACUGGUUCGACGACAACGACGCCGCCACCAGCAAUCUGCUUGCCGAGAAGAAGCGCCUACACAAAGCCUGAACGGCUGACAAAGCUGAGGAGAUCCAAGGCUACGCAGACGUCAACGAGUGGAAGAACUUCUUCUCUGCGAUCAAAGCUGUCUACGGUCCGCCGACGAAGGGCACUGCUACUCUCCUCAGCGCCGACGCAACACUCUCCUGACUGAGAAGACACAAAUUCUACAGAGCAUUUCCGAGGCUUCCUCAACCGCCCCUCCGCCAUCUCCGACGUCGCCAUCGCCCGUUUGCCGCAAGUGGAGACCAACGUGGACCUCGACCUCCCGCCAUCUCUCCAGGAAACGAUCAGGGCCGUGCAGCAGCUCUCCAGCGGGAAAGCACCCGGAUCGGACGCAAUCCCUGCUGAGGUCUACAAGCACGGAGGUCCCCAACUAAUGGAUCACCUGACUGCGCUCUUCCAGGAGAUGUGGCGCCAAGGUGAAAUCCCGCAAGAUUUCAAAGACGCAACCAUCUUGCAUCUCUACAAGCGAAAAGGAAACAGCCAUGUCUGCGACAAUCACCGGGGUAUCUCCUUGCUAAACAUCGCCGGGAAGAUCUUCGCUCGCAUUCUCCUCAAUCGUCUGAAUAAUCAUCUGGAACAGCGCCUUCUAACGAAAUGCCAUUGCGGCUUCCGUCGUCAUUGUGGGACCACGGAUAUGAUCCUCGCCGCCCGUCAACUUCAGGAGAAGUGUCAGGAGAUGCGGACCCACCUGCACUCUACCUUCGUGGACCUGACGAAAGCCUUCGACACGGUGAAUCGUGAAGGACUGUGGAAGUUCAUGCAGAAAUUCGGCUGUCCGGAGCGAUUCACCCAGAUGGUGUGUCAGCUGCACGACGGUAUGAUGGCGCGAGUCACGGACAACGGUGCGGUCUCAGAGGCAUUCGCAGUGACCAAUGGAGUGAAGCAGGUCUGCGUACUGGCGCCUGUCCUCUUCAGUCUCAUGUUCUCUGGCAUGCUGAUGGACGCCUACCGCGACGAACGCCCCGGAAUCCGCAUCGCCUACAGAACGGAAGGUCAUCUCCUGAAUCAACGGCGGAUGCACUUCCAAUCGCGCGUAUCCACAACCGCCGUCCACAAACUCCUCUUCGCCGACGACAGCGCCCUGAACACCACCUCGGAAGAGGAGAUGCAACGGAACAUGGACCUGUUCUCCGCCACCUGCGAGAACUUCGGUCUGGUCAUUAACACGCAGAAGACGGUGAUCAUGCAUCAACCGCCACCCAACGUAGUCACUCCUACCAACGAGCCGCAAAUCAGUGUGAACGGAACCCAACUCCAAGUGGUGGAGAACUUCCCGUACCUGGGCAGCACCCUCUCCCUUAACGCCAAAAUCGAUGACGAAGUCGCCAACAGAAUCUCGAAAGCCAGUCAAGCCUUCGGACGCCUCCAAAGCACAGUUUGGAAUCGCCACGGUCUCCAACUGAGCACGAAGCUGAAGAUGUACAAGGCCGUCAUCCUGCCGACUCUGCAGUACGGAGCGGAGACUCGGACAGUGUACACGAGGCAGGCACGCCGUUUGAACCACUUCCACCUCAGUUGUCUUCGUCAACUCCUGAGGCUGUACUGGCAGGAUCGAAUCUCUGACACUGAUGUGUUGGAACGGACGGGAAUCCUCAGCAUCUACACCAUGCUGAGACAAAUGCAGCUGCGCUGGAGCGGCCACCUGGUGCGUAUGGACGACGAGCGACUACCCAAACGACUCUUCUACGGAGACGUCGCGACGGGUUCUCGCCGCCAAGGAGGCCAAAUUCGCCGAUACUAG